CCGACGGACGGCCAAGGUCCGGAAGGAGCCCAUGAGUAAAGGUUGGCGACCAUGCCCUGACCCCACGUUGACCCCAUAACCCUGAUUCUGCCUCCCCUAACCUCGUGAACCUGAGACGCGUCCCGCCCCGCUAGAAUAUUCAGGCUGAGGGACCGGAAGUGUUGAGCUGGAGGAGCGGGCUGGGGGCGGUGCCCUCACGCGUCCGCGUGCCCCAGACGCCGAUCCCAACCCAUGGCGUCCAAGAAGAAGCGCGGGCUGAGCGCAGGGCGCCAGCCAGGUGCGGCGAGAGAGGGUGCCGAGGCGCCACUGUCGGAGCGCGCGCAGUAUCUGCAGCGUGAGUACAAGCUGCUCUCAGAGCAGCUGGACGCCUGCGAUCAGCGCGUGGACCAGGUGCUGCAGGAGAACGCCUUCCUCGACCGCGAGGCGCUGCGCCUGCGCGAGGAGAACCGGCUCUACGCCAGCUACAUGAGCGCGCACGCGCAGCGCUGCGCCAAAGCUAUCGUCCGGCUGCAGGAGCAGAACCGCGUGGACCUGACGCAGAUCGACUGGCAGCGAGCCGAGCUGGCGUCGCACUACAGUGGGCGAGAGGACGGGGUGCGCGCGCAGCUGCUGGAGAUGGAGGCGCGCGCGGCGCAGAUAGCGCGGCAGGUGCAGGAGCUGCAGCCCUACAAGGAGCUGCAGCUGGAGCAGCUGGCCCGGAUCCGGGCGCUAGAGCGCGAGCUGCUGCACAAGCGCGUGGAGCACACGCAGUUGCUCCACCGCGUGAAGCGGCGCUUCAUCGAGGACAAGGCGGCCUUCGAGCGUGAGGCUCGCCAGCGCGUGCAGUCCCUGGCACGGCGCGCUGAGAGGGAGGCAGCGCGCGCGCUCAUCGCGCACACGCAGACCAUCAAGGCGGACAACGGGCGCCUGCGGCAGGAGCUGCUGCGGCUGCUCAGCCGGGCCCAGCUGCUGCAUGAAACGCGGCGCCAGCUGCUGGAGCAGCGUGAGCAACUGCGGCGCGAGCACGAGGACACGCGGGGCCUGGCGCGCGUGCAUGGCUGGCUGCGCCGGGGCCCCGAAGGCCCGCCGCUAUGGCAACCUCCUCCGCUCGCCUCGCGCCGCGAGUCCUUCGCCUCCUCCCCAAGCCUGUCGCGCGCAGCCUCGCGGCCCCCUUCAAACACAGCCUCCCAGGCCCCAUCACUGCUCUCGACGCGCGCAGCUUCCCGGCCCCCGUCAAACGCAGCCUCCCGGGCCCCGUCACUGCUCUCGACGCGCACGGCCUCUCGGGUCCUGUCAGCGAUCUUGUCGCGUAUGGGCUCCAGGGUCCCAUCCCAGGCCCCAUCGCACACGGGCUCCCGGGUCCCGUCCUUGACCCUGUCCCGCCCAGGUUCCUGGGUUUCUUCGCGGUCCUCAUUGCGUGCGGCGUCACAGAACACCACCCCCUCUGCCAAGUCGGUGCCUGGAUUGGGCUCUUCCCAUCCCGCAGUCGAAGAGGACCAUGAACACUGACGCUGCAGCGGAAGCCGCCGCGGGAGAGCCUGAGCCUGCUGGGAGGAAGGCCAGGGAGUGGGGGGAGACGAGUGCGCAGGACGCGUACUUGGUGAGUGCCAUUGUUAAUAAAGGUGCGACACACACACCCCCAAGCCGCACUGGCACCGCCUGCUUCGCUGCUUCAGCAUUUCCGGCUGGUGCAGGGGCCACUCAUUCCAGCUUCCAGUUUCCAAGCUGCAAGGUAGCUUGAUCGCCCAUCGCCCUGUGUGUCUGCUGGGAUUCAGCACCCCUCCACUCCACGGCUGACCUCGGGCUGCCGGAGCAGAAGGAGUCGGCCACACCAGCGUCCUGCCCACGAGGGCUGACAGACUGGUGGCAGGGACGGACAUCGCAGGCGUGGACAGAUGGUGUGAGAGUAGGAAAGGAGUCUGGCGGGCCAGGCAGGAGCUGGGCAAACUGCCCGUUGUGUCCGGGAGGGCCAGCGUGGUGCAGGCUGCGGUCAGGAGGGCCUUCCAGAAGGGCGUGAGCUUUGUCCCAGCGCCACGGGGAGCCACGGGAGGUUUUAUGUUUAACCUAUGGGGGGUUUUUUGGUAAUUUUUUAUUUUAAUGUAAUUUCCAACUUAGAGAAAAGUUGGAAGAAUAGUGCAGGGACGUCCCAUAUGCAUUGAUCCAGAUUCACCAGCAGCUUGCGUUCUGUCCCCUUGAGGGGAGGUGUGUGUGUCUGUGCAUUUUUUUCCCUGAACCAUUUCAGAGUAGGUUCAAGACAUCGUGCCCCUUCAUCUCUAAAUCCUUUAGUGUUUCCUGAGCACAAGGGCAUUCUACAUUACCACAGUACCAUGAUCCAAAUCAGGAAAUUUAGCGUGGAGGAAAAAGUAUUAGCUAAUCCAUAGCUCACAUUAAAGUGUUGUCAGUUGUCCCAACAGCGUCCUUUGUGGCCACCCCCUCUGCCAGGGUCACGCAUCGCAUUCAGUUGUCAGUCCCAACGUGCACAGGCCGGUUAUUAAGAUGUCCUUCAGUGUGGUUUGUACUCAUCGAGGGCUGUGCUGGGGAGGUGGAGUGGCUUUUGGGGAGGCUAGGCCCCGCGCUCUCUCGACGGUGGCCGGAGGGGCGGAGACUUCAUCCGGAGCGCAGAGGCGAGGUUGUUAAAAAACCCUGGGUCUCGGGACGCGAGAGCAGCGAUGGAGGCUCGACCAACGAGGCGGCCGCCGCUAGAGCGGCCGGCGCACUUCCGGUCGGGGCGGCGCGAGUUCCG